GUGUCUGGGGAUCUGUGUUUAGUUCUUCAUUUCUUAAACGACGCAGGGGCAGCAGCAAGGCAAGUUGGCAGCUUGGCUUUCGAGCUGCUUUGUGUCUGCUGCUACAAGGAGGGAGUGUGAGUGGGGAGCAGCAUGGCAGAACAAGAAGCCAGUGGCUUGCAAGUCCUUCUCUCCACCCUCCAGAGCUCCUGUGACAAGGAUGUCAUCCUGAACAUUCUCAGUGUCCUCACUGACUUGCUGUCUUUGGGCACUGGACGGAGGAUUCACUACGUGGUCAGCAAAGGGGGCAGCGAGGCUCUGCUGCAGGCCCUGGCCACGGCUGCCCGGACAGAGCCGCCCGAGCACGGCCCACUCCUGCCCCUGCUGCGCCUGCUGGCCAGGGUGGGACAACGAGAUAGGAAGUUUGGGCUUAAAGUGCAGAAGGCAGAAGCCACUGAUAUAAUACUGAGCUUGACAAGAAGACACCUGGGCCACCACCUGCACCUCACCCACUGCCUCUGGGUCCUGCGGGUUUGUGCUUCUAAUGUUACCACGGGAACUAUGCUUGGCAUCAAUGGAGCCAUGGAGCUGCUUUUCAAAGUCAUCACUCCCUACAGCAAGAGACACGUCAGGACGGUCAGGGCAGCCAUUGGGGCUCUGGCAGCUCUGCUGAAAUCAAAGUCAAACAGCCGCCGGGCAGUGAACAGAGGCUACCUGGGCGAACUGCUGAGGCUCUACCAAGACUGGCAUCGCAACGAUGUCUCCAACAACUACAUUUACAUUCGUAGGGGUCUCCUGCUCUGCCUAAAGUACAUCACCAACAUCCAGCUGGGCAGGGAGACUUUCCUUGGGUCCCGGGGAAUGGAGAUUCUCUUCACAAGUGUGCAGGACUGUUUAUCUUGUAAAAAUCUGGAUCCUAUCAUAACUACUGCGAUUCAUAUUCUGAGAAAGUGCUACCCCAAGGAGCAUCUGCCUGUGGUGACUGUAAGAAGUUCCUAUUCCUUCCCUCUUCCAGGGAAUGCCAGUGCUGAACCUCCAUGUGAGGGAUCUGAAGGUAAAUGGCUGAAGGAUGACAGUGAAAGUGAAGGAGAGGAAGAGGCUGAAAAAGACUGGGAUAAUGAGGAUGUGGAGAGUAAAGAGGAAGAUUGUGACUUGGAGACAGAUGUGAAUAAAUUGAGGUCAAUGCCAGUGCUUGACCGGCCAGAACAAGAGCUUGAAAAAUAUGAAGCUCUGUGUGCAGAACUUUUCCAGAAUUUUCAGGAGCUUGAAUUUGAGUCUGAGGAAAAGAAGAGCUUGGAGGACAGGACUGAGAGUCUUCCCUCUGCUCCCUCUCAUUUCAUUCCAAGUGAUACUUCUGUGAAGCAUCCAAACUGCAGAUGGAGAAACCAAAGUGUCACAGAGAUGGGACCAGAUCCAGGAGAGCAGGAUUUCAAAGUCCCAUUGCAGAGCUGGAGAAAGAAGGAGGAAUGCAUAUGGGAUAAGAAUGAUGAAAACAGAGACAUUGCUGAAAAAACCCAGGAUAAAGACUUCUGUGAGGAGGAAGAUCCAGCCAGGAGUCAUGUGUUUGCUUUGUGCUCUCUCCUAAAAGAUGCUGCUUGGUACAAAAAAGUAUUUUACCCUCAUUGUAAGGCCUUGAUCGACCCUGGUCCUGAAGGGAGGCUGGAGAGCUCUGAUAUAGUUAGAAAUCUUCUGGAGAAACACCGAGGGGAUAUUCCAUUCCACAGCCCUUGUUUCUAUGCAGCCAGGGCCAGAUGUGUGAAGUCCAUCCCAGGCUACAGAGAGCUGGCAUUCCCAGAUUUCUGGGGUCACCAGCCACCUCCUUACAGCAAGCCCGUGCUGGAGCGCAAGCAUGGGGUCCAAAGCUUUCUUUUUCCCAGAGACAAAGUCCUUGAUGAUGUUCGCCGCCUAAUCCAGCCGGGAGAUGUGAUAGGAAGAACUGUGUUUGAUUUAGAUGAUCCCAGCAGUCUCUCAAGCCCAGCUGCUCCAGGCUGUCUGACAUUUUUCUCCCAGUUUGAGUCAGGAAACCUUCGGAAGGCGAUCCAAGUGCGUGAGUUUGAGUAUGACCUAAUUCUGAAUGCAGAUGUGAACAGCAGCCAGCACCACCAGUGGUUCUACUUCGAGGUCCGUGACAUGGAGUCGGCGGUUCCCUAUCGCUUCAACAUCAUCAACUGUGAGAAGCUCAACAGCCAGUUUAAUUAUGGCAUGCAGCUGGUCAUGUACUCAGUGAGGGAAGCUCUGCAGGGCAGACCUCGCUGGACUCGGGCAGGCCAGGAGAUCUGCUACUACAAAAACCACUACUGCUGCAGGAGUGCAGCUGCAGGAGGAGGAGUGAGGGGGAGGUUCUACUACACCCUCACCUUCAGCAUCAAGUUCCCUCACAAAGAUGAUGUCUGCUACCUGGCCUACCACUACCCCUACACCUACUCCACAAUGAUGUCCCAUCUUGAUAUCCUAGAACAAAACAGGAACCCUAAGAAGGUUUACUGGAGGCAGCAGGCACUCUGCCAGACUCUAGGAGGAAAUCCAUGCCCACUGCUCACAAUCACUGCCAUGCCUGAGUCUAAAAACAGAGAUGACCUGGAGCAGUUCUGCAGCCGUCCUUACGUGUUCCUCACAGCCCGUGUUCACCCUGGGGAGAGCAAUGCCAGCUGGGUGAUGAAGGGCACCCUGGAGUUCCUGGUGAGCUGCGAUCCCAUUGCUGAGCUCCUGAGGAAAUGUUUCAUCUUCAAGAUUGUGCCCAUGCUUAAUCCUGAUGGAGUCAUCAAUGGCAACCUUCGCUGUUCACUGAGUGGAGAUGACCUCAACAGGCAGUGGCUGACCCCCAGUUCCCAGCUGCAUCCAACAAUUUACCAUGCCAAAGGUCUCCUCUAUUACCUGCGCAGCAUUGGCCGGGCUCCUCUGGUCUUCUGUGACUACCAUGGGCACUCCCAGAAAAAGAAUGUGUUUCUCUAUGGCUGCAGCAUCAAAGAGACCUUGUGGCAAGCAGGCUGCAUGGUUGACACAGCAGUUGUCACAGAAGAUGUUGGCUACAGGACUCUUCCCAAAAUCCUGGAUAAAGUGGCCCCUGCAUUUGUCAUGAACAGCUGCAGCUUCCUGGUGGAGAAGUCCCGGGCGUCGACGGCCCGUGUGGUGGUGUGGAAGGAAAUGGGGGUGCUGAGGAGCUACACCAUGGAAAGCACCUACUGCAGCUGCAGCCACGGGCUCUACAGAGGCCUGCAGCUGGGAACGCAGGAGCUGGAGGAGAUGGGAAGCAAAUUUUGCCUUGGUUUGCUGAUUCUGCACCUCAAAUCCCUGCCCUGCAGCAAGGAGCUGAUGGCUCAGGCAGCACUCCUGCUGGAUCUGGAGGAGGAGAUCACAGACCGGGCACAAAGAAGGUGCAGUAACAGCAGCCUGGAGUCUGAUGAUGAACCUCCUUGUGCAGAAGAGAUUGAUUAUGACACUGCCAGUAGCUCUGAUGGUGAAGAGGAAUUCUUGGAGCUAGACCAAGAGAUCCAGGAGUGCCUCUCGUGUGUGGAAGGCGAGACAGAAGAUGAAGGAGUGACCACAGGACAGACAUGCAGCUCCAGAGCUCUGAGGGAGCUCUACAUUUCCAGCCAGCCAGCACCCAACAGCACAGCUCUUCCUCUGGGUUCAUCAGCAUUGGGGCUGUGCCAUGGGUUUGAGAGCAGUCCUGUGUGAGCAAGGCUGCGACCUGCAGAGCUGCAAGAAAAUGGGUCGCUGCUCAUGUUUGCCUGUUUGCCAGCUUCAGCACCCUUCCCAGAUGUGUUGCUCCUGGUUCUGAAAGGAGAGUUGACUGUAUGUUUGUGUAAUUUGUAUACACACAUCUGCUGAGAACAACUCCUUAACUUUGUACCUGAGGCAGAGCGAGGGGCCACUAGCCCAGGUGGUACCAUGUGAGAUCAUCCAUUCCUAAACACAAUCUCUGGUUUCAUGGCUGCCUCUAGCAUAUGGUUUCAUACAGAUUGACCUAAGGAACAGUUUUUGAGACCAAGGAAUAAGAGAUGAUUCUCUUUUUCUGACUUUAGGCAGCCUUUGCCUGGAGAAGUGACAGUUAUUGAUGCCUUUCACCAGAGCUCUCUGUUGCCAUUCUCUCUUGAGCUGUAGAGCAUGUCUCUGAUUUCUGUCUGAUCAGAAUUUUUACAGUGCAUUCAACAGGUUGGGUCAGGCUGUGCAUAUUUCUGAGAUGGCUGUAUCUCAGCAACAGCCUGGGAAAUCCAAUGUGCCACAAUAAGGAAAGCAGCAGUGACAAUUCCUAUAGAUCCUCUGGAAACUUAAGGUAAAUUCACCAAUAGAUUAGUGAUGGUGGCAAAACCCAGGAGUGAAUUUAGCCCAAGCAUCAAUUAGAACAGUUUCUUUAAUCCCCAAAUGGAGAAAAAUUAGAGAUUUCUCUUAAAAUUGCCUCCCAGUUCCCGAGAAUCCAGCACAGACAGAGAACCCACACACGUGUUCUGCAUCUCUAAAGAAUGAAGAGAUGUCACUUCAUCUCGCACUUCACGUUGCCUGAUCUUGCCAAGUGUCUUAGACUCUGCUGCUGCAAAUGGGGAAUUGCCCUGAAUCCAAAUGGAGCUAAUUUUAAGAUGCAAGAGGCUCCCAACUCUGUCACUGCUUUGUGAGGCUCAAGGACAGGGAUGAAUGUGCUGAGUGUGUUGUUGCAUUACAGCCUGCAAGGACUCCAGUGAUUACCAAUGAUGAUUAUUAUUAAUAUUGAUGCAUUAUUAAAAGCACCGUGUCAUCUUCCUUGUUUUAUGCUGGUUUUGAAGAGAAUUCCUAGUGCAGAACAUGAAAUGCUCUGAUGUGUUUCUGAGCACCUUUCCUCAGACUACCUAGACAAUAUUUUCCAGCAGGAGGUUGCUCUUUAGAUAAAAAGCUUCUUCCUGUCCUGCUUGGUUUUCAGUAUCCAUGGAUCUUAAAGUCUUCCCUGGCACAAAGAGCUCCCUGUAUCUCUAUCUCUCUAGGAUGCUGUUCAAAAGACAGGCAGCUUGGGUCCUUAGAAGCUGAGCUUCUUAGCCCAGACUAAUUCAUUAGGUGUGGUGUGUGCCUCUGUACAGAUGUCCUGUUCUGCUUGGUUUAGCAUGCAGCUUGUUGCACACAAUACUGAAUUUUAAUAAAAGGGUGGCUCACAGGAAGGGACACAAAAGAGGUGAAACAGGUGUUCCCAUUAUAAUAGUUUGUAUAAUACUGCUUCAAAGCUUAUUAAUAAAGAAACAAUGUUUGUGCAUAAUUAACUUAAAAAUCCAGUGUUUGUAGGCAUGACAAAAACUUGACACUGUGCUAGGUACUGAUGGCAGUGUACAAAAGCCACGCUCUGGGGUGUUCAGCAUACAGCACUUCCCCAGAACACAGGGUAAAAAUUACUGUUGUACAUAUCUGUGUCAUGGAUGUUUGCACCCACUUUGCUUUCUGUAUCAACACUCCACAACAGUAGCUGAAGUGUGCCUACCAAGGCUUGCCAGUGGUAAACCCUAUAGCAAAGAAAAAAAAAUCUUCUUAAAUCAGCAUUUUCCUUAAUGAGAUACAAAUAUUUGGGCUAUAAUAUUUGGCUUUUUAGCUGUUUCAUUCUGAGGUUUUUUUUUUAAAUAGGGGGAAUUCAGUUCAGUGGGAAAAUUCUGUGCUGGUGACUAAACUGUGCAGGAGUAGUCAUAACAUAAUAAAAGAUAUAUCUUCCAUGUGUGGAGCCAAAUAUGUAUGAGUAGUAGCACCAUUUCAGAGAUCCCUGUGCUGCAGGAGGUGGGGAGAUGGCAGAGGUUCUCAGGGUGUUUUCAGUGUCUGGGAUCCAAAUGCAGCAGCUGAUCUGGGAGCAGUGUCCCUGGACAUCAACCACACCUGCAUAAAUGCUGCUGUGUGGUGUGAAAAACCUGGUCAAUCUUUUCUCCCUGCCAGCAUCCCAUGCCUGUACCCAAUAACUUGUCAGCAAGUGGUGAGGGUGCUGCAGAAGGCAGGGGGCAGGAGAAGCCCCCAGCCCAAGGGUGAGGAAAUGCAGAGGGACACAUGGGUGACCAGCCACUUGGGAAUGGCACCUAGAUAACUUCAGGAAAAGCAGUUUUGUGGGCUGCCUGCUUUUUUUUUUUUUUCCCCAGGAACUUCUACACAAGGAGCAGAUGCUCCUCUUCUUUUGACAGACCUCUAGAGGUCAGGAGAAUGCCUCCGUGCGCACUGCGCGCUCCGCGCUAUUAAAAUUCUCCCUGAGUCAUGGUAAUUAAGCAGAGCUAGGCUCUGCACAGAGGAACGGAAGUGCAUUGACUUUAAUAAAACAAAGUGUAAAACAACUUUAGAUUAACUCCAGCCUUGUUUAUUCUUGCACACUUGUCAUUCUGGUUUGGUAUCCCCCAGUGAAUGAAGCCCUUGUCCCCUGCGCCGGGGCCCGUCACCUCACUUCAGCCUGCGAAGUGCUGAGCACUGAGAGCAGUGCCUUUUCUUGCUGUCGCUAGCUAAUCCCAAAGAAUUUGGAAACAGCCGACCGAGAAAGGGAGGGAGAGAGGGAGGAGAGGGCAGUCGCCCUGCUCCCCAGCGUUUUGUCCUUCCUCAAGAGUCAGCAAGGCUGUCAGGUUGAGACUCAAGCCAAAUAUUCCCAUAAUGGCCAGAAGAGAUGGUGUCUUAGAGGCGCUCGCCUGGUCCCCAGUGCUGCAGCAGUUCUGGGCUCCUGCCAGGCACAUUAACUUUUUUUACUGAUGCCUUUUGUCUCACGCUGACUCUCUUAGAGGCUCUGAAUGGCUGUGCCCUCCUUCCUCCCCCUGCAGUUGACAUGACGUGGGUGGAAGAUGCUGUGCUGAGCCCUGCACUACACUGCACCCUCUGUCUCAGGCCCUCACCAGCUCUUGGGUCUCCCGGCCACAAUAGCCCUUUCCUGCCAGAGAUGAUCCCAAGGAUGCCUUGCCAGCGUCUAGUGAAAUACAUGUGUUUGUGUGUGUAAACCUCUGGGCUAAAAAAUAAAUAAUUAAACAAUAAAAAGAAAAAAAGAAUCAAGUCAGCAAACUGAAGGAAGAACAAAAUCUAAUUAGUUUUAUCUGUUGUUUGUUAUGAGGCUGUCAGAGUGCUCUAUCCCCUAGUUUUACAGCACUCUGGAAAAUAACAGUGAUAAUAAUAAUAAACAACCGUGCACUGGGUUGUUUUUGAAGCAGGCAGGAAGCAGAUUAAGGAGGGGGAAAGACAGCAGCCCUGCUCCUCCACUGCUUCUCUACUGCUGCCAAACAGCAGAGAUGUGGGUGAUAGAGCUAUCUCCUGUCUUAUCUGUCCUUGGACAAGAUCCACUGCCCCUAUCCAUCCCUUAGAGAUGCAAAGCCUGAGUCACAGACUGUUUGGCAGCAAUUUGGGACACUCAUAUUAUAUUUCUUUCUUUGCCACAGAUCUCUUAUGUGCUCUUGACCAAUUUGUUUGUUCUCCCAGUUUCUGUUCCAUUGUGAGAUAAAGAUGGCAAAUGUAGUAGUAGUGAAAGUGGGUGUUUUUUGAAUAAGGAGGGGCAAAAUAAAGAUAUAAAACUGCCCAGGUAUUUGCUCUAUACUGAUUUCAGCUGAUGAGAUGGGAGCUGGAAUUACUCUGCAGGAGUGUGGUGGAAGUUGCCAUCGCUGGUUUCCACUUCAAUGAUGAGCAGUGAUGAUUUGUUAGGACAUUUCUCUUUAAGCUGUGCUGGAUAAUUUUAAAAGCCUCUUCUAUCAGGUUGUUAUCAGCCCAUCCUGUCCCAUGGCCUGGUCCUUACAGUGUGGAAACUUUCACUCCUGUUUUAGUGAGAGCAGGAUUUGACCUUCUGUUUGAAAACACUUGUAUGGUUUUCCAGGCAGAGGGUUGGACACAGGGCUUGUCUAGUUGAAGAUAAUAUGCAAAAUCUUGGAGAACUAAAAAGCCUAUCCAUGUAAUUGCAUUGGGAAAAGAUGAAGGACAAGGUUAAAGAAAUAACGUAUAAAUCAGAGAGGAAGGAGAGGACUCAGUGCAAGGAGAGGAAUGAAGAGAACAGGAGGAAAUAGGAGUAGGGGGCAUUUGGGGGAGACACAGGCAGAGAAAUGGGAGAAUUGUUCCUAUUUGUGCAUCCUCUUCCGUCCCCAGAUAAUGUGUCAGUAUUAGUGCUACCAAGAAACAGCCCUCUUUACUGUAGAAUAAAUCUGCCACUGUAUUCCCCACUCCAGAAACGGCAGCCAAGUCCGUAUCCUCAGCGCUGCAUUGUGCUCUGGGGUCUGUGAGUGCUUUUCAUGAGGGUUGAGCCUCUGUCAACCCUGGCCUUGGGCUUUCUCUCCAGGGACUCACAUCCUCAGACAGGUCCUGGAAGAUACGUGGCAUAUUGUUGUUGAUGGAGCAGUUUGUGGCUACUUUCUUCAUCUUUUCUUUUUCCUGCUCCUUUUAUUUCCCUUUUAAAAAGUGAGAGAACAGAAGAGAGAGAGAGAGAGGAAGGAGAAGGCAGAAAGAAGUGCCCUGCUAUGAGUCUAGCACCAUCUCCAGAAAGAUGGCAAGGCAGCUAUUUUAGCAUCAGGGGCUUUUUUAGCCUUUAAUUAAGCUGCUUGUAGCUCAUGCACAGACCAGUGAGAGGGAAGACAAAUCUACCACUAAAAAACAAUCAUCACUUGGAUGCUCUGGCAAUAACUCCAGUGUCAGUAAAGUGCCUUAGCCUUUGGCUAACUGAGCUCUGGGCACUGAGGGGCUGGCUCCUCACCAGCUGAUGUAAUUGCAAUCACAACCCUGUUUUCUGCCCCCUUGCUCCUUAAGGCCUGACUGACGGCUCUCCCUGAAUGGUUUCCAGUGCAUGCUCUGGCAGCUCCUGCCUUUGCCUCGGCAUUUCCAUAAAAAGCCAUUUAGCUUUUCUGUGUUUGUUUCCCUGUCUGUGAAGUGGGGUUAUUAAUAUUUAUUUUCGGUGAAAGGGGUCACAAAGAGGUUUAAAUCUCCUGUGUUUACAACACAAUUUGAUAUCCUUAGAGAAGGCAAACAGGAAGGAUUAAUUGCUGCUUCCUUCAUAUAUCUGCCAUCACUGAAAUAAAAAUCCUGCCCAUUACUGGGAUCACUGCUAACUCCUUCCCAGGAGCUGCUGUGUUUCCUUUGGUCUCUGUGGAAGGUGGCACAGGUGGGCCAGACAAAUCCUUGAGGUGAAAGCACGGACAGUGUUGACAAAAACUUCAACUUUUUUUACAGCCAGCCGUCUUCCAAGAACCAGGCAGCAUGCUGGUUAGUGAGUUAGGAAAAUGGGAAAUUUAAUAGAGGUGAAAAUGAGGCACUUGGGAGAAGAAUGGAGCAAUCUGGUAAACAUCUGAAAUGUCUCUGCCCAAGGGCUAGGAGUGUAAGGGCUAAACAGGAACAAUAUAAAGCCUUAGUACAUAUACCAAGCUAGGAGUUAAUCAGCUUCCCAGACACAUGGAAAAGAGAAAGUAGGAACAGCAGAAGAAGGAUUAAUUGGCUGUGAAACGUCAGGGAAUUGGUAAGUUGAGUCAAGGAAAAAGGAAUACAGGCCAGCAAGCACUGACUUAGAGAUUAGAGCAGAGGUGCAAUGACGAGAUGUCCUAAGGCAGGGAGAAGAAUAGAACAAAAGAAAAACACUGAAAGUGUGUGAGGACCUCAUUAAUGCCUUAAAAUGAGAAAUUAAUUGUUUUUUGAAAGUUCAAGCAGCAGCAGACUAGGAAUGAGAAGAGAAUUAUACCAAAGCACGUGUGGAUGAAAUCAAGAGGUCCUGGCAAAGAAUGAACUAGAGGUAGCUACAAGGGAAGAAAAAGAAAUCCUAUAAAUAUGGUGUAAAAAUGCUAGAAGGAAUAAAACUGUAAAACUAUGUACCACAGAAAGAGAGCACAGAAGGAGAGCAAAGGGUUGGAUUCAUCAUUGCUUAUUUGACUCCCCUUAUCGCCAAAACAGUCAGUGCUAGAUAAAUAUAACAGAAGUCACACUGAUUGGGGUAUGAGAAUGGGCCAGAGCCAAGGGGUGUGAAUUAAAGAACCCUUACACGGAGUGAAUUCAAACUGCUUGACCUGAGGGAAUUCCCCUGCAGGCUGUCCAGUGAAAACAGUCUGUGAACACUUGGGAAUGAACUUCAAGAACUUCUCCUAUAUCAAGAGGGUUCUUUAGAGUUGAAAAGGGCAAAUAGGGUAUUUGUUUGUGUGGAUAGAAAAAAAACCCGAAGAGCCAGGAAAUUUAAAUCAGCCAGCUAAGCUGAGUCACUACAGAGAAACCUCAACAAAUUAUGAAACAAACAAUUCAUUAGCUGCUAUAGGAUAAGAAGGUGGUAAAAGAGAAUCAACAUGGAUUUGUCAAGCUGAUCUAAUUCCUUUCUUUUAUUGGCUAAUUGGCUUAGAGGAUAACAUAUGUCUUUGCUUUAGGAAAGCUUUGAAUACUUUCUUUUCAUAAAGAAUUAAAGUAAUAUGGUUUAUAUGAAGUAUUUGUAAGGAAGGUGCAUAUUAGCUGAGGAAUUACUUAUGAGAGACAGGUUUCAUCUCCAAGAACAUUAGCUUUCUAGAAGUAAGGUAUCUGGAGAAAAGAUAACUGAGAGGACCUUGUCAAUGUCUAUCAGCAUCUGAAGGGAGGGUGUCACAGAGAUGGAGCCAGGGUCUUCUUCCUGGUGCCAAGAAAUAGCAAGAAAGGGAAUGAGCAGAAUUGGGACACAGGAAGUUCCACCUGAAUGGGAGGAAGAAUUUAUUUCCUGUGAAGGUGCCUGAAAAAUUGAAUAGUUUGUCCAGAGGGGUUGUGAAUUCUCCUUCCCUGGAGACAUUCAAAAGCCAUCUGGGCAUAAUCCUGAGUGACACAUUUUGGAAGACCCUGCUUGAGCAGGGAGGGUGGACCAGAUGAUCUUCAGUGGUCCCUUCCAACCUGACCCAUCCUGUGAUUCUGUGACUUAGUCUAAAUUAUUCUGUACAGUGUAAAUGUAGAGAAACAGGCAUCCCCACAGGAUCUACAUCCUAGGAUAUUGGGAAAGGAUCAUUUGUUGAGCUGUUUCCUUGCCUUGUUAACUUCUGAGUGAAGUUACACUACCAGAUCAGACAGGACUCCUAGCUUUAAACCCACUCCAAGAAGAAAUCCCACAGUCAUACUUGCAGGGCAUUAUUUUACUUAAAUAACAGAGAAAAUACAAUGGAAAAUCCAUUUGCUUUUUUCAGAAAAUCCCGUAUCUUUUUGUUGAAGUUCAGCUUCAUGUUCAUACACCUUUAUUUACGUGAACACAUCUGCCAACCUCACCUUCAGCCUUUCCAGCACAGGGCUCUGCUUCAGAGCUGCCCACACCCAUCUCUGUAAUCCCAUCCUUUUCUCACUCCCCCAGAGCUGAAUACAGAGAAUUCUGAUGAUCUGGGGGGCUGCAUCCCAGAGGGAACCGGGAUCAGACCAGGCACUCUCACUGGUGGCUGA